GGCGGAGGAGGCGGGGGCGGCGGGGAGCGCCCUCGAAGGGAGCUCGGGGCGGAGUAGUACAAGAUGUCAAAAAUUAGAAGAAAGGUCACAGUGGAAAAUACCAAGACUAUAUCUGAUAGCACAUCUCGAAGACCAAGUGUAUUUGAAAGACUUGGACCCAGCACUGGAAAUACAGCUGAGACACAGUGCCGUAACUGGCUGAAGACUGGCAACUGUCCCUAUGGGAACACAUGUAGAUUCGUACAUGGCCCUUCACCUCGAGGCAAAGGCUAUAGCAGCAGUUAUAGAAGGUCACCCGAAAGACCCACUGGUGAUCUUAGGGAAAGGAUGAAGAAUAAGCGGCAAGAUGUGGAAACAGAGCCUCAGAAGCGAAAUACCGAGGAGUCAUCUUCACCAGUUAGGAAAGAGUCUUCAAGGGGAAGACAUAGGGAGAAGGAAGACAUCAAAAUCACCAAGGAGAGAACUCCAGAAAGUGAAGAAGAAAAUGUAGAAUGGGAAACUAACAGAGAUGAUUCUGACAAUGGAGACAUUAAUUAUGAUUAUGUCCAUGAAUUGUCACUGGAAAUGAAGCGCCAAAAGAUUCAGAGGGAACUAAUGAAACUAGAGCAAGAAAACUUGGAGAAGAGAGAAGAAAUAGUCAUUAAAAAAGAGAUUUCUCCAGAGGUGGUUAGAUCAAAAUUAUCUCCGUCUCCUUCUCUAAGAAAGUCUAGUAAAUCUCCAAAGCGAAAAUCAAGUCCAAAGGCAUCCUCUUCAGCUAGCAAGAAAGAUAAGAAGAUACCAGCAGUUUCUUCUCCUCUCUUGGACCAGCAGAGGAAUUCUAAAAGCAACCAGAGUAAAAAGAAAGGACCUCGUACUCCUAGCCCACCUCCUCCCAUACUGGAAGAAACUGCCUUGGGGAAAAAACAUAAAGAAAAACAUAAACCAAAAGAACGGGUUGAAGAAAAGCCAAGAGAAGGGAAAGACAGAGGAAGGGAUAUUGAAAGACAUAAAGAAAAAAAAGAGAAGCAGAGGUCGGCUUCCCCAGCAGGACAGCGUCAUUCUCCCUUAUCUUCCAGGCAUCACUCAUCUUCGUCACAAUCAGGGUCAUCCAUUCAACGACAUUCUCCUUCUCCUCGUCGAAAACGAACUCCUUCCCCAGCCUAUCAGAGGACAGCCUCUCCACCAGUGAGGCGCUCUCCUUCUCCUUACCCUCCGCGGUCCUCAACUUCUCCUCAGAGAAAGAGAAGUCCAUCACGACAUCGAUCUCCAGGGCGUGAAAAAGGAAGGCAUGAUCAUGAGCGGACCUCACAGUCACAUGAUCGACGCCAUGAAAGGAGGGAGGAGACCAGAGGCAAAAGGGAUAAUAGAGAGAAAGAACCUAGAGAAGAACGAGAGUAUGAGCAGGACCAGAACUCUUCCAGAGACCAUAGAGAUGAUAGAGAAUCUCGAGAGGGCCGAGAUCGGAGAGAAACCAGGGAUACUAGAGACCGAAGGGACUUGAAAGAAUCCAGAGAUACCCGAGACUCCAGAGAUACAAGAGAUUACAGUAGAGAUAACAAAGAUAACCGUGACCAGAGGGACUCACGUUCUACAAGAGAAACUCAUGAUUAUAGGGACCGUGAAAGUCGAGAUACCCACCGGAAGGAAGACACAUAUCAAGAAGACUCUCGAAGUUAUGGAAGAAAUCAUGGUAGAGAAGAGAGUUCUCGAACUGAAACGAGGAAUGAUUCUAGAAAUGAAUCUCGAAAUGAAAGUAGGAGUGACCGGACGGGCAGAAGUAGAGGCAGAGGUCCAGAAUUACCUGAAAAGGGAAGUCGAGGAACAAGAGGAUCUCAAGUUGAUGGGCAUGGUAGUAGUGGAAACUACCAUGAAAGCUGGGACUCUCGAAGUGCAUAUCCUGAGAGAGACCGUUAUGAUGCCAGAGAUCAAGCUAGGGAUUCAUCCUUUGAGAGAAGACACGGAGAAAGGGAUCGACGUGACAACAGAGAGAGAGAUCCAAGACCAAACUCACCAGUACGCCAUCAAGGAAGGAGUGAUGAACUUGAGCGUGAUGAAAGAAGAGAGGAACGGAGAAUAGACAGAACUGAUGACAGAAGAGAUGAGAGAGCUAGAGAAAGGGAGAGAGAACGAGAAAGGGAGAGGGAGAGAGAGAGGGAAAGGGAACGCGACAGGGAGAGGGAAAAAGAGAGAGAAUUAGAACGAGAUCGUGCCAGAGAGAGGGAGAGAGAGAGGGAAAGGGAAAAAGACAGAGAACGUGAUCGAGAGAGAGAUCGAGAACAUGAUCGAGAGAGAGAACGAGAGAGAGAAAGAGAGAGGGAAAAAGAAAGGGAACGGGAGAGAGAAGAACGGGAGAGAGAGAGGGAACGUGAAAGAGAGAGAGAGCGAGAACGAGAACGAGGGAGAGAAAGAGAUAAGGAACGUGAUCGUCAGAGGGAUUGGGAAGACAAAGGAAGAGAAGAUCGAAGGGAAAAAAGAGAAGAUGUUCGAGAAGACAGGAAUCCAAGAGAUGUUCAUGAUGAGAGAAAAUCAAAGAAGCGCCAUAGAACUGAAAGCAGCCCUAGUCCUCGACAGUCACCAAAACGCCGACGUGAACAUUCUCCUGAUAGUGACACCUACAAUAGUGGAGAUGAUAAAAAUGAAAAGCAUAGACUAUUGAGCCAGGUUGUACGACCUCAAGAAUCUCGUUCACUUAGCCCUUCACACAUGGCAGAAGAUAGACAGAACCGAUGGAAAGAGGAGGAUCGAAAGCCAGAAAGAAAAGAGAGCUCUAGGCGUUAUGAAGAGCAAGAGCUCAAAGAGAGAGUCUCUUCUGGAGACAAGCAAAGGGGGGAGCAGCCAGAAAUAACAGAAAGUUCGAGAACACGUGUACAAGAAAGUGUUGGACACCACCAGCCUGAUGAGCGAGAUGGGUCUGAUCGAGCACAUGAGGAAAACAAGAAAAAGUCCAAAAUACCAAAAAGGACCACUAAGAGAAAGAAGGAGGAAGAUGUUGGAAUGGAGAGAUACAGCACUGAGUCAGCGACAGAGGAGGGUCAAGUAUUUUCACCUAAGAAAGGACAGAAGAAGAAAAGUGUUGAAAAGAAACGUAAAAGAUCGAAAGGGGAUUCUGAUAUUUCUGAUGAUGAACUAGUUCAACAUAGUAAGAAGAAAAAAGGCCCAAGAACACCCCCCACUACCACAAAAGAGGAGUUGGUUGAGGUGUCAAAUGAGAAAAAUGGAGCAACUGGAGAGGUUUCCCAGAAAAGAGAAGAUACAACCUUUAGUGAUUGGUCUGAUGAAGAUGUCCCUGACCGUGGAGAUGUGAUUAUACCUGAGCGUUCAACUGAAGAAUCUCAUAGAAAGUGUCACAGAACCAGAGUGGAGAAAAUAGAAGCACCUCAUGUUACCAUAGAAGAUGCACCACAUCGCAAACCAAUUGAUCAGAAACGGAGUAGCAGCUUGGGAAGCAAUCGAAGCAAUCGCAGUCAUACUUCUAGCCGCCUGCGAUCACCUUCCAAUGAUUCUGCUCAUCGCAGUGGAGAUGACCUGACUGGUCGAAAGAGAGUCCUACAUAGCAGCUCCAGAGAUAGAGAAAAGACAAAAAGCUUAGAAAUCCCAGGAGAGAGAAAAUCCAGGAUUGAUCAGUUGAAGCGUGGGGAACCCAGUCGCAGCACUUCUUCAGCAUUACAGGUAGUCACACUCCUGCCGUCAGAUCGUCAAGAUUCAAGAAGUCACAGUUCUAGAAGAAGUUCCCCUGAGUCAGAUCGCCAGGUUCAUUCAAGAUCUGGGUCUUUUGAUAGCCGAGAAAGGCUUCAGGAACGAGAUCGACAUGAACAUGAUAGAGAACGGGAAAGGGAGAGGAGAGAAACAAGGCAGAGAGAAUGGGACCGAGAUACUGAUAAAGAUUGGCCGAGAAACAGAGACCGACUCCGGGAACGAGAGAGAGAGCGAGACAAAAGGAGAGACUUGGACAGGGAAAGAGAGAGGCAAAAUCCCGAUCCUAGCGAAAGAGAUAGAGACAGAACUCUUGAUAUUUCUUCACACAUAGAGUCUUCAAAACGCAGUGAAACAAAACUGGAUGAGCAUGAGAAAGACUUUGAGGGAAUUUGCAGAGACCCUAUAGCUUUGGAGAAAGAAAGAAUAGAAAAAGACCUGGGACCUUUGCAUGGAUUUGGUGAUGUAAAUGAAGCUGAGAAAACUGAGAGCUUAGAAGCAGGAGAUGAUGAAGCCAAGUUAGAUGAUGCGCAGUCAUUAGGAUCUGGUGCUGGAGAAGGAUAUGAACCAAUCAGUGAUGAUGAACUUGAUGAAAUUCUGGCAGGUGAUGCUGACAAGAGGGAAGAUCAACAAGAUGAUGAGAAGAUGCCAGAUCCUUUGGAUGUGAUAGAUGUGGACUGGUCUGGUCUUAUGCCAAAACAUCCUAAAGAACCACGAGAACCUGGAGCUGCCCUCUUAAAAUUCACACCUGGAGCUGUGAUGCUACGAGUUGGAAUUUCUAAAAAAUUGGCAGGUUCUGAACUGUUUUCUAAAGUUAAAGAAACCUGCCAGAGACUUCUAGAAAAGCCCAAAGAUGCAGAAAACCUUUUUGAACAUGAAUUGGGAGCCCUAAACAUGGCAGCAUUGCUGCGUAAAGAAGAGAGAGCUGGCCUUCUCAGUAAUCUUGGACCAUGUUGUAAAGCAUUAUGCUUUAGGCGGGAUUCAGCAAUUCGGAAACAGCUAGUGAAAAAUGAAAAGGGCACAUUGAAGCAGACAUAUACAAACACUCCAGUGGUAGACAAUGAAUUACUGCGGUUAAGUUUGCGAUUGUUUAAGCGCAAGACAACUUGCCAUGGACCUGGACAGGAAAAGAUGGAAGAGGGUAGUAAACUUUCACAACCUAGUAUCCAGCCAGAAGUAUGUGUAUCAUAACACCAGAGUUCAUUUUGUCCUUCAGAGUAUCUUCCUAGUGAAGAGCAUAUUCUCUUGAAAAGUUGUUUGGUUUGUCAAGCCUCGUGAGAGAACAGGACAAAAGACUUGCCCAUUAUUCUAAUUGGGCGAGGCACAACAACUUUAUUUGAAAUGUACCAGUUGGGGUUUUUUUGGGUGGGGGGAGAUGGGGGUUCAGAUUUUACAUUCAUUUUUACACAGUACCUGAUCCACAAGUGUAAUGAUGUGAGGACAUCUAAAUUUAGUAGUUUAUUGCAGCAACUGGCAAAACGCAAGGAGGGCACAUGUACUUCUUUUUCCAGUCUAAACAUACAUUUCAUGAAAUGGAACUACUGACAUCUACUAACAGGAUCUUCAUCACAGAAAUGUUGACUUUACUUGAAAACGAUUUGUCCAUCAAACCAAAUUGAAUGCUUUCAUUUAACUGUGUAUAAUAGUGUUGCGCAAAGCCUUGAGUGCUUCUCUAACAUUGUCAGUGUGUACAGGCAGGUGUCCAGCUAUCUGUCUAUAGAAUAAAGCCAAAAUAUUCCACCACAGCCCCUCCCCCAAACUAUAAA